AUGGAGAACCGGCGGCUCAAACAGGGUUGCGGGCAGGUGAUUCCCUGUGAUAUGAUCAACAAAUUACCCGAUUCAAUACUCUGUCAUAUACUCUGCUUUGUCCCAACCACGAAAUCUGUGGUGGCAGCCAGCGUUUUAUCCCGACGGUGGAAGCUUCUGUGGACUAAAGUAACCACAGUCUGCUUUGAUGACCAACAAUUCUCUGCUCUCAGCCGAAGAAACAACUUUGUGCCUUUCGUUAACAGAGUUCUACUAGGUCAUGCUGCUGAAAGCUUGGACAAGUUUCAACUCACAUGGAUGGAUGAAUGUCAAUCACUUUACGUUGAGGAUCAGUCCCUUCCCAAGCUUAUAUCUGGUUGUCCGGUCCUCCAAUCUCUCAGGAUCAAAAGGUCUCGGGAGGAGGAGGAUGAUGAUGUUCUAGUUUGCAGCAUCUCUUCUCCUUCACUGAGAUAUUUCCUCAUAUCUAAUGAAUAUCCAUUAGAUGGAAAACAACUCCCUGCCCUUGACUUCCUUGAUUUCUUGUCUUACCAAUGGAAGGAAUUCUCUUUCCAAAUAUUGCAAUCCGAAUCGGAGCUUGGCCUCCAUUCUUUGCUUGAUUUUAGUGGAUCACAUAUGGAGCGAUGCAAUUCGAUGGUUAGGAUGGUUGAAGCAGUCAACCAUGUGAACUCUCUGAAAUUGGGGGGAGCAUUGAUGAUGGCUCUCAGCAUUGCCACUACUCCUUUGACUGUAAGGUUUGAGAGAUUAACACAUUGGAUAUUGAAUGCCAAUGCUGUCAAUGGAAGGCUCUGGGUGUACUGA